AUGGCUAACGGCUCCAGGUAUCAACUCAUCGAGGACUGUGAGGCUACGCACGAGUCUCUCUACAAGUUCUACGCCGCCAUCAUGAUCAUCAUCGUCAUCCUGGCGGUACCUCUCAACGCCUCUGUCCUGCACCUCUUCAUCUUCAAGCUAAAGUUCUGGAAGUCCAACACCAACAAUAUCUUCCUAUUCAACCUGGUCCUGGCCGACAUCCUGCUGCUCUUCAGCCUGCCCAUCAAGGCGUACAACUUCAUUCAGGGUGAGCGGCGGAGCGGCAACGACGCAGUGUGCAAGGCCAUGCUCUUCAUGUUUUUCCUCAACCGGGGCGCUAGCAUCGCCUUCCUCACCGUCACGUCCAUCGACCGCUACUUCAACGUUGUGCACCCGGGUCGGAAGAACCUGCUGAAGGCUCUCAAGAAGUCGCCGCACAUCUCCAUCUUCAUCUGGGUGCUGCUUCUGCCACUCACCAUCCCCACCAUGCUCAAGAACUUUGACUGCUGCAACAGUCAUAAGACCAGCAAGGAUGACACUCUGAUUAAGGACGUAGUCGACAGCUUACGAGAAGCCGUCUUCUUCACGCAGAUCCUCAUCCCCUUCGUCAUCCUGGUCUACUGCACCGUGCGCAUCGUCAACCGCCUGCGCAAGAAGACAGUGGGCGACAAAACCAAACUCAGGCGAGCCGUCUUCGUGGUCACCGCGGUCAUGGUGGUCUUCUCUCUCUGCUUCCUGCCAUGCACCAUCGCACGGAUGGUCCUGCUAGUGGCCCGGGUCGAGGAGUGGCGCGAGUCCGCCCAGGAUAAAGCCACCGUUGCCUUUGACGGCCUCCUGGUUUUAUCCUACUUGGACUGCCUGUUGGAUCCGCUCAUUUACUGCUUCUGCAGCACAAAAUUCAAAGUGCUGUACUUGUCCAAUUAUUUCCCAUUCUUGCUGAAAGACGGCGAGAUGGCGACGGACAGCUCUACGGCGCACACGUCCAACCCUAAACGCAACAAUGUCAUCUGA